AUGGGUCACACUGCAUCAGAGGCCUCAGAUUCUCCGGUGCGGCACAGGCAAAGUCGUAGUUCUAGGUCUCCUUCACCACGGACAAAGAGACUGAGAAGAGCUCAAGGUGAGAGAGAGGUUGGACGAAGUAGAGAGAGAGAAGAUGAGAAGCGUGACGGUAGAGGAAGGGAGAAGAGCAACAACAGCAGGGAAGUAGAAAGGGAAAGAGAUGGAGCAGCUGAAGAAGCCCUGGCAGCAAAGAAAAAGGUAGAACCAUCUUUUGAGCUAUCGGGGAAACUUGCAGAAGAAAGCAACAGAUACAGAGGUAUCACACUCCUCUUCAAUGAGCCACGAGAGGCUAGAAAACCCAACCAAAGAUGGAGACUUUAUGUUUUCAAAGAUGGUGAACCACUGAAUGAGCCACUUCCCAUCCACCGCCAAAGUUGCUAUGUCUUUGGACGUGAGACAAGGAUCGCUGACAUUCCAACUGAUCAUCCGUCUUGCAGCAAGCAGCAUGCUCUUCUUCAGUACAGAGAAAUGGAAAUAGAGAAACCAGAUGGUAUGAUGGGGAAGCAAGUGAGGCCUUACCUUAUGGAUCUUGGGAGCACCAAUAAAACUUACGUAAAUGAAAAGCCUAUUGAACCACAACGUUACUAUGAGCUUCUUGAGAAAGACACCAUAAAAUUUGGCAACAGCAGCCGAGAGUACGUCCUAUUGCACGAGAAUUCUGCCCAGUGA